GGGAACGGCCGGCGCGGCUCGGAGCCGGUGGCCUGGCCGGGCCGGGGUUUCGGCGAGCCACGCGCCUCUGGGCCCCGCAGAGCCAUGCGCCCUCCGCCCCCUGCCGCGCUGGGGCUCCUACUGCUACUGCUGCCGCUGUUGCCUGCGCCUGAGGCGGCCAAAAAGCCGACGCCCUGUACGCGGUGCAGGGAGCUGGUGGAGAAGUUCAAGCAGGGAAUGGUGGAUACGGCGAAGAAGAACUUUGGCGGCGGGAACACCGCCUGGGAGGAAAAGUCGCUCUCCAAGUAUGAGUUCAGUGAGGUCCGCCUGCUGGAGAUCCUCGAGGGCCUGUGUGACAGCAGUGACUUCGAGUGCAACCGUAUGGUGGAGGAGCAGGAGGAGCUCCUGGAGGCCUGGUGGCUGCGGCUGAAGAAGCAGUCUCCGGACCUGUUUGAGUGGUUCUGCGUGGAGAUGCUGAAGGUCUGCUGUUCUCCCGGGACGUACGGGCCUAACUGUCUGGCGUGCCCAGGCGGUGCCAAGAGGCCCUGCGGUGGGAAUGGCCACUGCAGCGGGGACGGCAGCCGGCAGGGGGAUGGGUCCUGCCAGUGCCACAUGGGCUACCGCGGGGCGCUGUGCACGGACUGCGUGGACGGCUACUUCAGCGCACUGCAGAACGACACGCACAACAUCUGCACGGUCUGUAACGAGGCCUGCAAGACGUGCACUGGCCCCACCAGCAGGGACUGUGCCGAGUGCGAGGUUGGCUGGGCCCGCGAGCAGGACGCCUGUGUUGAUGUGGACGAGUGUGCAGAGGAGACGCCCCCGUGCAGUGAGGGCCAGUACUGUGAGAACGUCCCCGGCUCCUACACAUGCGAAGAGUGCGACUCUACGUGUGUGGGCUGCACGGGCAAAGGUCCGGGGAAGUGCAUUGCGUGUGUCCCCGGCUACGCCAAGGAGGAGAGCGGCCAGUGCUCAGACGUGGACGAGUGCUCGCGACCGGAGACGCCGUGUGCACGGGAGAAUGAGAACUGCUACAACACCCCGGGGAGCUUCAUCUGCGUGUGCCCCGAAGGCCACGAGGAGACCGAUGGGGCCUGUGACGGUACCAACGGCUGGAGCUGUGGGGCGGCGGCCCGGGAAACGCGCUGGAACGGGGGCCCGGAGGCCGGACCGCGCUGCGCGCUGGGGCGCCCCCUCCCCUGCUCUCCUCCGGGCGCGGGACCUCGCCCUCUUUCCGGCCUGGAGCUGAAAGUCCCCAGGUCCUCCCCACGGGCUGCGGAGCCGGCGCGGCCACCAGGCGGUGACAACGCAGCUGCGCACGGCGAGGAGCCGGCCGCCGGGGUGGGUCCCCAGCGGGGUGGAGGUGGGUGCGCGCCUCCGAGACCCCGAACUGGGACACCCCAGCCCCAGAGCGCGCGGCCGGGGAAUGGAACAGGAGAGGCGAGGAACCACGUGAAGACAGGUGACCGGGGCUCCGACCUGCGCGUCAGCCGGAUCCUGGCCGACUGGAGGGCUUUAUUUUUCUAG